AUGGACAAUGCGAAUAAGGUCCAGGAUCAGGGCAAGUCUUUUGCUAAGGAAGUCAGAUCAGCGCCCGCCGUCCAGCAAUACCAUAGUCCUAUGCGACAGCACAAGAGAACUCCGAGUCAACAUCGCGAGAUCAAGGAAACUCUCAAUGCCAGGUCCGAGUAUACCAAUGAUGAUACUGAAGGCACCAAACUCAGGAUAAACCAAUAUGUUAUCAAGGAAGAGAUUGGCAGGGGCUCUUAUGGAGCCGUGCACCUAGCGACCGACCAGUAUGGCAACGAAUAUGCCAUAAAGGAGUUCUCCAAGUCCAGACUGCGGAGGCGCGCACAGUCGAAUAUGCUGAAACGACCUGGAGGGUUGAGACCUGGUCGAGGGAUGCGCUCGCCGUUUUCUCCUCACAGCACGGAGAUGAGUAACCAAGAUGCCGCUGAGGCAAAAGAUUCAUUGUUUCUCAUUCGCGAAGAGAUUGCCAUUAUGAAGAAACUCAACCAUCCCAACCUGGUAUCGUUGAUCGAGGUGUUGGACGAUCCUGAAGAAGACUCUCUAUGGAUAGUGCUCGAGAUGUGUAAGAAGGGUGUGAUUAUGAAAAUCGGGCUAGAUGACGACGCAGAACCGUACACCAAAGAGCAAUGUCGGUACUGGUUCCGUGAUCUCAUUCUCGGUAUAGAGUACCUACAUGCUCAAGGAAUCAUUCAUCGCGAUAUCAAGCCGGACAAUUUGCUGUUGACAGAAGACGACUGCCUCAAGAUUGUCGAUUUCGGUGUGUCCGAAAUGUUCGAGAAGUCAGCCGAUAUGAGGACAGCCAAAUCAGCAGGCUCUCCAGCCUUCUUACCUCCUGAAUUGUGCAUGGCUAAGCAUGGCGAUAUCUCGGGGAAGGCUGCAGAUAUCUGGUCAAUGGGUGUCUCGCUCUAUUGUCUCAAAUACGGCAAACUUCCUUUCCAUCAACACAAUGUCCUAGAGAUGUACGAGUCGAUACGCACCCAAGAGCUUACAUUGCCACCCGACGAGGAUGCCGACUUCGUCGAUCUUUUGAAGCGCAUGUUGACCAAAGAUCCGGAACAGCGGAUAUGCAUGAGCGGCGUCAGAAACCAUCCAUGGGUCACCAGAGACGGAGAAGAUCCUCUGCUUUCCGAAUCGGAGAACAUUACCGAACUUGUAGAGCCGCCUAACGAACUCGAACUCAACCAUGCUUUGACACGGAAAAUGUCUAACAUGAUGACAGUUAUGAUGGCUAUCAACAAGUUUAAGGGUCUCAUAAACAAGAGUCGGCCAAGCACCCCCGGACUGAAAACGCCCGGCACGCCGAAGACAUUACAAGUACCAGUCGAUAUUCCCGAAACAUCUCAAGAGACUACACCAACUGCAGAGAAGCCUCAGCCAGAGAACAACAGGCCAAGGCAAAAGUCCGUUGCCGAGGAGGCCGCAGAUCUGGUGGAGGCGAGGAAGGCUUUCCAUGCUUCAAAGGAACCAUUUCCGGGCGAGAAGGGCCCUGCUCAAGACGCUACUGGUUCGGCUACAGCUUUCUUGGGCAUUGGUUUGGGAGGGAGUGACGACUUCGCCACGGCAGAGACACCUGCGGAGUUUGUAUCCGACUCCCCCACAGGUAUCGAUUUCGAUAUAUAUGACCGUGCUUUUGAAGCAGAGAUGGAGCGCAUUCGCUCAGAAAAGCAGCAUGGCGGACAUCGCCGCAAAACAUAUAUGACCAGAUUUGUGAAUAGGAAGGAUAAGUACUUUGGCGAUGACUGCAUGAUUAUGGAGGCAGGUAGCGGCAUCCCUGCCCUCGCGUCGUCAGGAGUCGACAAGGUCAGCUCAGCGGCUGUCAAGACCUUAAGCCAUGUAGGCUUGACACAUCGUCCGGGUAGCAGCUCGGUCGAGGACAAGGACGAGGGGACAUGGAAGAAAGAACACGCCAGAGACGCAGUCGAAGCAAGGAAGAUUCAUGGCCAUGACCCUAUUCAAGGCAUCAAGGAGAAAGGACACAAAUUUGCAGAGCUGGUUAUGGGGACCAUGUCAGUUGCCAAGUCGAAGGUCUCUGGGGAGGCUAAGGAGUCAGGGCAGUAG